AUGUUUUAAAAUUCCACUUAUUUGCCUUAAUAUCUUUAUUCUUAAGAUCCUCAUAGAUGUAAAUAUGGGUUAUUAUAUAAGAAACACAAAGUAUUAUAAGAAAAGGUGGAAUUGAAAAAAGAAAAAUUAUUGAUCAUUAUUCAUAUGCUAUUGACUAAGAAAUAGGUAAAGGAUUUAGUAGUAGAGUGUAUAAAGGAAGAGAUGAAAGAACUUUAGAGAAUGUUGCUGUUAAAGUAUGAAAAUAUUGUUGUUUAGGUAAUUGACAUGAAGAAGUUGAAGCAAUCAAUACAUAAACAACUAUUGAAAAAUGAAAUCAAUGCUUUGAAAUCAUUCAAUCAUUAGAGCAUUCUCAAACUUAUUGAUGUAUGUUAAACAUCAAAUAACACUUAUAUAAUCACAGAAUUUUGUGAUUCGGUAUAAUCAUAAUUUAUGAAGGGAGAUCUAGAUAAAUACUUAAGAAAAAAUUUAAAAUUAAAGGAACCAGAAGCUAUUAGAAUUUUAUAAGCAUUAGUUAAUGCAAUAAAUGAAAUAAACUUAAAAGGAUUUAUUCAUAGAGAUAUUAAACCAGCUAAUAUUCUUUUAAAAGGAAAUGAACCAAAAUUAGCAGAUUUUGGAUUUGCAAUUCCUAUCUGGUAAGCAAGAAUUUAGUAAAGAAACAUCAAUGUGGGUACUCCCCUAUAUAUGUCACCAUAAGCAUUAAAACAUUAAGAUUAUUCUGAAAAAGGUGAUGUAUGGGCUGUAGGAAUAGUAUAUUUUGAGAUGUUAUUUGGUAAAACCUUAUUAAAUUUAAAUUAGGUAGAACACCUUUUAAUGCUUAAUCAGAAGCAGCUCUAUUAUCUAAUAUUCUUAAUAAAUAAUUAAUUAUACCUUAAACCCCAUCUGUUUCUGAAUUAUCAAAAGAUUUUAUUAAAAAAUGCUUAUAAAUUAAUGAUCAUGAAAGAUUUAAUGUUAAAGAUAUGUAUGAACAUUAAAUUAUUUAAUCAAAACAUUUUUAUUGUUUUUCAUAAGAUGAUUGUUUAUCACAAUUAAAGAAAAUCAAUUUACUUAUUAAUAAUUCUUAAGUAAAGAAAAGUAAAAGAAGUUUAACUUAAAAUUUAAAUAGAAAUUAUAAUUAAGAUUAAGGCAAUCUUGAAAAUGAUUUAGAUGAAGGAAAUAAAAAGUUUUUUGUUUAAUAAGAGAUGCCCUAAAGAUCAACUAGUUAAUAAUAGAUAUAAUUACAACAAUAAAACAUUAAACAUCCUUUAAAUAUUUAAGCUGAAAAUACUAAUAAUAUUGUUGUUAAAUAAAUCCUUUAAUAGAAUGAUGGAUUUAAAACUAAUAAUCAAAUUCUUGUAUUUUAGAUAAACUAUUGUCGAUAUUUAUUUAAGUUUUCCUAAUAUUUAGUCAAUUCUAAAUUUUUUACAAUAGAAGUUAGAGAUAAGAUAUUAUUUGUCUUAGGAAAAUGUAUAGCCAUAAAAAUCAGUCAAUUAUCUAAAAUUUUGGAUAAAGAAAAUAGAGUAGAGAAUUUCAAUUAACUUUAUGAUUAUGAUAACUACAAAAAAAGUGAAUCAUUUAUUGGAAUAUGUUAGGCAAUUUCUGAAUAUUAAAUAAAAUAUAUGAAGCAUUUCUAGAAAAUCUUGAGAUUAGCUUUAAAAAAUAGUAAAUUAAAUACUUAUAAUAAGAUUUUUAGAAGGAUCAGAUUAUAGGUUCUUUUUGUAAUGAUAGUUUAUAUGAGAAUAAUACUGUUUAUGAAAUAGCCUUGCAUUAUUUAAAUUUGAGUCUAAAUAAGUUAGGACUAAAUUUAACUUAAGCAACAAUAGAAAGAUCUUCAGAUGAGACGACAAAUACUGAAGUAAAUAUACAUUAGUUUUAGUCAUAAUAAUUAUUGUUCAUGUUAGAAGGAUUAAAAAAUUGUAAGGAGUUAAUUAUGAUGAUUUGGAAAUGUUAAUAUGAUAUUUUUACAUUCUAAAAGGGCUUUUAAAUUGAUAGGAUAAUAGCAUAAAUACCAAGGCAAGUUAAUCAUCAUUAAUCUGAAAAUAUAAUGAAAAAUGGUGCUUGA